UGAGGGCGGACACCCAGCUGCAGCCCCCUCCUCACCUCCCUCCCACCCACCUAAAAAACACCAGGCUGGCUUUGUGAUGGAUGAAGGGAUGGAUGGAUGGAUAGAUGGAUGAGUGACAGGACCAGGAAAUAAAACCAGGGCAGAUCCUGGCUUGUCUUCCUGGCUGGCAAAACCCCUGCCCCCCCCCAUCUGAGCAUCCUUCAGAGAAAACAGAGCCGAAUCUACCAACGGGCUCUUGCAUUCCAAGCCCCCCAUUUCUCUCCGUGUGCCCAGGAGCCAUGCAGUCUCCCAAAAAAAGCUUGAUUUGCAACUUAAACCACGUCCACUUGCAACACAUCUCCUUGGGGCUCCACCUCUCCAGGCACCCAGAACUUCAGGAGGACGCCAACACCUUGGGGCCAUCAAGGGAACAAGUGGGUUGCCACGAAUGCGAGGAACAUGGAGGUCAACUGGUCCCAAGCCUGGUGGACGCCAACUCCAACAACCCAUCGUUGACUUGCCGGUGUUGUGAGGCUCACCCGGUAUCGUCUGAAGUCAAGCAGGGCCUCCAGGCUCCAUCUCCCUUGACCAACCGCCCAACGGUCAACCAUGAAGAAGAAGAAGAAGAAGAGGUGGAGGAAGAAGAAGAAGAAGAGGAGGAGGAAGCGUCAGACCAAACUUCUUCGUCCAUCAGCAGCUGCUCGGAUCUCAGCUUGGAUGAGUCUCCCAUCUCGGUGUACUGCAAGCCCUUCCCUGCUGAAGAGGCCCGAAGUCCAGAAAGCCAACCGAAUAUUGUGCCCUUGGAGGACACGCAGAACGUUCUGGUCCACCACCAAGAGAGAGGUCCAAACCUUAAUGUCCCCAUGGUUGAGCAUCCUGAGGCCCAUAUCUGGGAUAGUCCAGACAGUUUGUACAGCAGCAGCUCACCAGAAUCUCCAUUUGACAACUCUCCUCCUUGUCCGGAAAGCCAAGAAAGAUCAUCUCAGGUUGAGUCCAUCAAAGUUCCUCCUCUUGUUCCACCUCCUGUCCGCCCCUGCAGGGCACCUCCUGCAGUGCCGGUGGUCCCCCCUCGUGGGCUGGAAGUAGAUUCCAACUGUAACGCACUCCCAGCCCGCGAGGUCAAGCAGCCCAACAGUGUCUCCUUGGGCCAAGUGGACAUCAACUCCAACCGAGCCACGCCGGCGAGGUCUCGUUUUGGAGGCGUGCCUCCUCCGAUUCCCCCUCGGACCAAAAGGGGUCUUCAGGGGUUGAGAAGAAGUGAAGGGGGGAAGCCAGCUCCAGAGGUGGCGGUCCCUCCUGAACCUGUGGAGCACCAAGUCCACCGCAGCGAACCCCAAGGAGAAACAUCUAAGAAGAUCAUCACCUCCUUCCAUGAGUUGGCUCAGAAGAGGAAGAAGAUGACAUCCAAGAAGGACCAAAGCGAUUGGUUGAUUGUCUUUUCUCCCGACACGGAGAUGCCUCCGUCUCACGAACUCACCUGGGGAACCGGACAGGAGGCCACCAAGCCAUCCACUUGUCCGGUGGAGCCUUCUCCUCCUACCCUCGGUCUCCAACGUGGGGUCAUCACGUUUAAAGACCUCCGUCAUCGGAAGCAAAACAACCAACUGGCCACCAAGCCAGGCAACCCAAGCCAUCACCGGGGGAAUCCUGCUCAAGGGGUCCCCGACGGUCACACGGGGCGAGAGAUGAGCGACUCGGAACCCGUGGCCAAUGGACAUUUGUGGGGCGCGAAGGAAAUCCCGCCCGGAUGA